AUGAAGAUCAAGCGGUCUGCUGGCCGACCCUUUGCGCAGCGAAACGCAGACACACCGCAUGUCUUCGAUCCUACCUAUGCGACAGCAGAAAUCAGCGGGCUUCUGGGCAAGUACGCACAGGCAGAACAAUUCCUGUCCGGCGUGGGUCUCAACCCCGACACGCAUCCGGAGAAGGGAUAUGCGCCUUUCACUCACCCGCUCAUCGGUGCUCUGAACAGUACGAACGCAACCGUCACAAACACCACCGGGGCUGCCAACGCCACAAACGACGCGAGCGGACCGCGACCAAUUGUGCAGAUCCCCGGGACAGCACAGAUGGCGCUGACGGACGACGUAGCAGGCGGCAUGGACAUCUUGUACUACGGCAACCUCGAGUUCGGCUCGCACAGUCCUAGUCAAGUCCUCACCGUCGACAUCGACACCGGCUCCGCGGACCUCUGGGUACCCGUCAAUUGUCGUUCCUGUGCUGGCGACUCCUUCCGUGCGUACGAGAGCUCCUCCUACCACACCCUCGGUCAGCGAUUCUCCGUAUCUUACGGCGCGGGCAAGGUCUCUGGCUCACUCGCCCAGGACGUGGUCAGCGUCGGCCCGCUCUCCGUCGCGCAACAGACAUUUGGCGCGGUGAAGAGCGAGACGGAGGACUUCUACGACGCCCCGUCCGACGGACUGCUCGGUCUGGCGUUCGGAAGCAUCGCGCAGAGCAGGCAGCCCACUUUCUUCGAGAACCUGAUGACGUCCAAGCAGGUUGCGUCGGGUGCGUUCGCGGUGCACUUGCAGAGAGACCAGGCGGCCGGUGGUGAGGUGUGUUUUGGGUGUUUCGAUACGACGAAGGCCAUUGGUCCGAUUACCUGGAGUCCGGUUGUAUCACGCACCUACUGGUCUCUCGGACUCAAUAAGUUGGCCGUCAACCAAUGGCAAGGCGUCCCUGCGAACUUGACUGCCGCCAUCGACACAGGCACGACGUUAAUAUACCUACCAGACGACGUCACUUCCCAGUUCUACGCCCUGAUCCCUGGCUCCAAACAAGCUUUGGAGUACGGCGCAGGCUUCUACACCUACCCCUGCGACACUCCUCUCGCCGUCACUCUCACCUUCGGCGGACGGGCCUACAGCGUCGAUCCUGCCGACUUCAAUCUCGGCCGGACCUCGGCUGCCUCUCCGGACUGUGUGGGCGGCAUCCUCGCGCUCGGACAGGGUUUCCCAGAUAACCUUGCGAUCAUCGGGUACUCGAUAUACGACUAUCCGGGCAACCGGAUUGGCUUCGCGCUGAGUGUGAACAACAAAGACCCGCCGUGA